CGUAGACUUGCUGACUUUGUUUUUUAUGAACCCCAUCCUUCCUCGCUGACUCUGCUCGUCGUCCACUGGCUCCAGACAACAACUGAUUAUUGGCAUGUCUCUAUGGCUGCCCAGACCGUCGCCGGCAGGUCUCGCUCGUUCCUAUAGCCGCGCCUGCAUCUCCGCGCCCCGCCGCUUCCCCGUCGCCGCCCACUACCAGCUCGUCCGCGUCCCACCGCCCGCAGCGUUCUCGACGACCCGCUCAUGGCGUGAGGAGAAGAAGGACGGGGUUCCCGACGUGCCUGCGAAGCCGGAUGUGAGCAAGCAGGGUCCGCCAGCGCCGAAGGAGGCCCCGCCUCAACCUCCUGCGCCGCUCAUGAAGCGCGUCUGGAAGAAGGUCAAGCAUGAGGCGGAGCACUACUGGAACGGUAGCAAGCUGCUGGUCUCGGAAGUGCGCAUCUCGGCGCGUCUUCAGUGGAAGAUCCUCCAUGGCGAGACGCUCACGCGCCGCGAGAGGAGACAGUUGAGGCGUACGACGCAGGACUUGCUACGUCUUGUGCCCUUUGCCGUCUUCGUGGUCGUUCCUUUCAUGGAAUUGCUGCUCCCUGUCGCACUCAAGCUCUUCCCCAACAUGCUGCCCUCCACAUUUGAGGACAAGUUUGCCGCGCAAGAAAAGGAGCGCAAGCUGCUUCGUGUCCGCUUAGAGAUGGCCAAAUUCCUCCAGGAGACCCUCCGUGAAUCGGGUCUACGCGCCAACGCGCACAUCGUUGGCAGCGACGCCUUCAAAGAGUUCUUCCGGAAGGUCCGCGUCACUGGCGAGCGUCCAUCCAUCGAAGACGUCAUCAACGUUGCAAAGCUUUUCGACGAUGACCUCACCCUCGACAAUCUGUCUCGCCCGCAGCUCGUGUCUAUGUGCCGGUACAUGGGCUUGAACGCGUUCGGCACGGAUAACUUCCUUCGUGGUGCCAUUCGCAGCCGGCUCACCAACCUUCGCCGCGACGACGAGCUCAUCUUCCGCGAGGGCGUUGACGAGUUGAGCGUGCCCGAGCUGCAUGCGGCCUGCCAGUCUCGCGGCAUUCGCACGAGCGGCACGUCCCCGUCCCGCCUGCGCGAGGAGCUUACUACCUGGAUCAACCUGCACCUGCACAACCGCGUCUCCGGCGUUCUGCUCAUCCUUGGCCGCGCGUUCUUCUUCGACCGCACGCCGGGCACCGACGAGGAUGGCCGCACUGCGGUUAUCAAGUCUUUGGAGGCCGUGCUGAGCAGCUUGCCCGAUAACCUGCUCAACGAGGCCGAGAUCGAGGUUGACGAGGCGGCGACGUACAAGCAGAAGCUCGAGGUCUUGCAGCAGCAGCAGGAGCUUAUCGAGGAUGAGGAGGAGCAGGAAGAAAAGGAGGAGCUCGCGCGUCGUGCUAAGCGCGAGGCAGAGGAGGCGGAGGCCAUGGCCGCCGAAUCCCUUCUUCCUGACUCUGAGGUAAGCAUGUUUGGUUCGCACAACACUCGUUCUUGCCUGACCUUUAUGGACCAGUUCGGCAUCGAGGACGAAAACGCGCGCAUGACCACGGAGCAGCUGAACGAACUCGCCGAGGCUCUCGUCGUCCUUUCCGCCAAGUCGAGUGUCCUCAAGGAGCGCGACGAACUUCGUGCCUUGAUGGAGGAGAACUUGCAGGCUGAGGAGGUCGCUAAUCAGUCCACUCAGGACCCCAAGUCUCCCUCGGGCGCCCUCACCAAGCGCAUCCGCACCAUGUUGACCAAGAUCGACCAGCAGCUCAAGGACUACGAUGAGCGCGUCGGCAGCUCGCUCCAGAUGAUUUCGCAGGACCCGCAGGGCCGCGUCUCCGUCCAGGACCUCGAAAAGGCACUCGCCGUCAUCAAGCACAAGCCCGAUGAGGAGGUCGGCCAGGCCGUCAUCCGCAAGCUCGAUGUCGACAAGGACGGCUACGUCGAGCUGGAGCACGUGCUGGGCUUGGUCAAGCAGGAGGGGCUCGGCACGGUGUUGGACGACAACGCGCAGUCCAUCCUGGGGCAGGGCAAGGAGCUGAAGAACGCGGAGAAGCCGAGGAAGGAGGAUAUUGUGAAGGAGGACGAUUAG